AUGGCCGUGAACGAAACAGAAGAACAAUUUAAAUAUCGAACUUUACGAUUGAGUGGCAUUGCUAAAGAGUCACACGAGGUCUUAAUACCUAUCAGUGGAUGUGAGAAUAUACCACUUGUUUCUCUGGAAGAGUCUAUUGAGCCGCUUGUCUCUCUUCUUCCAUCUAUCGGCAUAUAUGCUAAUCUAGCUAAACAAAAAUAUGACAAGUCAGAUGAUUGUUUGUCACUAGAUGAAUCAGCUGCGAACAUUCUUUAUUCAAUGAACUGGAAACCAAUUGAUGAAUGUCUAUAUGUUGCAUUGAAUGCAGCUCUUCGUUCAAAAGACAGAGGGAAUCUGAUACCAUGGUUUCUCUUUCUCAAACUAUUUCUAACUGCACUUUAUAAACUGCCAUCUAUUCCACGUCAAAUCGUUUAUGGAGGUUGCAGGUUUGACUUGCAUACGUAUUAUAAAAAAGAAGAGACAAUCGUAUGGUGGGGUUUCUCAACUUGUACGACAUCAAAAGAGACUUUAGAAAUGGAAAAGAUUUUAGGCACAACGGAUCUCAGAACAAUCUUCACCAUCGAUUGUUAUUCAGGAAAAGAUAUUCGAAAAUAUUCUUAUAAUCCGUUGGAGAACGAUAGACUUCUUCUGGGUGGAAUUCAAUUCAAAGUUGUUGAUUGCACUGAUAAUGGUUCUGGCCUUCAUAUGAUUCACCUAAAAGAAAUUCAAUCACCAUUUGCACUAUUGGACCGUCCAUCAAGUGAUUUUUCACAAAAGGACUCAAUUCAGCGUGGUUCAAAAUCAACAUCAAGAGAUCAGGUCGUUCGAGCACGUGCUUUUGAAGAUAUUCCAGUAGGUGAAUCUACUCCACCGAAUUCAACAAAAGUCAAUAGACCAAAAUAA